GGUUCACACGCAGCUACGUACCUCUGAGUCCUCACUCACGCGCACACUGAUCCAAGCCUCUCUCUCGCUAUACCUCGCGCACCGUCAACCAACCGCGUCUAUGGAGGCCUCGCCGUCUCGCAGCGACAGCUUCUCCCGCGCGUGGCUCGGCUGCAGGGCGUCCAUUGAGCGGCUCGACGCCGACGCUGGCCUCGGGUGCUCGUUCAACAGCUCCACGUCCUUCAUCGAUAUGGACCCCGCGGAGCUCUUCUCCAUGCGGUGGACGUCCUCCGCCGCAGUGCCGGCGGAUGAUGACGAGGAGGCUGCCGAGUUCGACUUUGGCCAGCUGACGUGCGCCGGCGCGCAGUGCUUCUCCCCGCUGCUCGUCGGCGCCGGACAGCCCCUCCUCCCGUGCGAGCCUGGCGUCGUGUCCUACGUGUCGUCCCCCGCUUUCUACUCCGCGCAGAGCACGCCGGCCUCCGCGGUCAGCUCGCGCCGUCGUGGCCGGCACGCGCCGCUGGUGGCGACGCGGAGGAUACUGCUGAGGUACCUGCGCCUCCUGGCGCCGCUGUGCCGGAAGGUGAGGGCGCUGCCGGUGCGGGCGCUCGCGCCGCGGUCGUCGUCCAGGGCUGCUGCCUUCGCCGCGGCGACGUCGUCCCCGGCGCGGCAGUCCACGUCCAGCUACGCGAGCGCCACGGAGUACUGGUGCCACGGCCACGCCGACACCGCCGUCAGCGACGCCAUCCUCUACUGCAAGAAAUCCAUCCAGGGACGACAGGACGUGUAGGCAGGACGAGCGCUCCGCUCUGGCAUAGAUCGGUUGCUGCUCUUUUGGGAUUUUGAUUUCCGGUGUACAUCCGAUUUGCAUACGACACUUGAGUGUAUAGCGUAUACGUUAUGAACUGAAGUAUGAGCUGUGCUCCAAGGUGGUUUAACCUUGUGAAGCAUUUUGAACAAGCACGUUAACCUUGUGAUGAAGCUA